CUUCACCCCACAUCACAAAGAAAUUCUUCUAGGUGAAAUAGCUCGGAGAAGAGGGACUCUCCACAUUUUACCCACCAUGUCUGGGAUCAGCAACAAACGGGUUGCUGCAGAGCCAGGCCCUUCUGGGCCCCCAGAGAAGAAGGCAGCAGUUGAAGACUCAGGGACCACUGUGGAAACUAUUAAGCUAGGGGGUGUUUCCUCAACAGAAGAGCUGGACAUCCGGACACUGCAGUCCAAGAACCGAAAGCUGGCAGAGAUGCUGGACCAGCGCCAGGCCAUUGAGGAUGAGUUGCGGGAGCACAUUGAAAAGCUGGAGCGGCGGCAGGCCACUGAUGAUGCUUCUCUGUUGAUUGUCAACCGCUACUGGAGCCAGUUUGAUGAAAAUAUCCGCAUCAUUCUUAAGCGCUAUGACCUAGACGAAGGUCUUGGAGACCUCCUCUCUGAACGGAAAGCUUUGGUGGUACCAGAACCAGAACCAGACUCAGACAGCAAUCAGGAGCGCAAGGAUGAGAGGGAGCGAGGGGAGGGUCUUGAGCCAGCAUUCUCCUUCCUGGCCACUCUGGCCAGUAGUACCAGUGAGGAAAUGGAGUCUCAGCUUCAGGAACGUGUGGAGUCCUCUCGCCGAGCUGUUGCCCAAAUUGUUACAAUGUACGACAAGCUGCAGGAGAAGAUGGAUAGUCUAUCUCACAAGAUAGAUAGUGGAGAUGCUUCACUUGUGGAAGAAGCAGUCCAGGAGCUGAAUAUCUACCUUGCACAUGAGAAUGGGAGAUUGCAGGAACUGGCUGAUCUCCUCCAGGAAAAGCACCACAUCAUGUCUCAGGAGUUCUCCAAGCUGCAAGAAAAAGUAGAAACAGCAGAGUCCCGCGUAUCUGUGCUGGAGACAAUGAUUGAUGACCUGCAGUGGGAUAUUGACAAGAUCCGCAAGAGAGAGCAACGACUCAACCGGCAUUUAGCAGAUGUGCUGGAACGGGUGAAUUCAAAAGGUUACAAGGUGUAUGGAGCUGGGAGCAGCCUCUAUGGGGGAACAAUUACCAUCAAUGCUCGCAAGUUUGAAGAGAUGAAUGCUGAGCUGGAGGAGAAUAAGGAACUAGCUGGGAACCGCCUUAGUGAGCUGGAGAAGCUGCGCCAAGAUCUUGAGGAAGUGACGACGCAGAAUGAGAAACUGAAGAUAGAGCUAAGGAGAGCAGUGGAAGAGGCUGUGAAGGAGACACCAGAGUACCGUUGCAUGCAGUCCCAGUUCUCAGUCCUGUAUAAUGAAAGCCUCCAGUUGAAGGCUCACCUAGAUGAAGCUCGCACUCUGCUUCACGGCACCCGCAGUACACAUCAGCGCCAAGUGGAACUCAUUGAGCGAGAUGAAGUCAGUCUACACAAGAAGCUGCGCACAGAGGUGAUCCAGCUGGAGGAUACUCUGGCGCAGGUCCGAAAGGAGUAUGAGAUGCUGAGGAUAGAGUUUGAACAGACUCUCGCUGCCAAUGAACAAGCAGGGCCAAUCAAUCGGGAAAUGCGUCAUCUUAUCAGCAGCCUCCAAAAUCACAACCACCAACUGAAAGGAGAGGUGCUGAGGUACAAGCGCAAACUGAGGGAAGCCCAAUCUGACUUGAGCAAGACUCGCUCCCGUACUGGUAGUGCCCUCCUGCAGGCCCAGUCCAGCACUGAAGACACAAAAGAGGAACCACCAGAGGUUAAACAAGAACCUGAUGAUUCCUCUGCUCAAGCACCUGCACCCAAGGCAACCCCUGAGGACACUAGUGAUGCCAAAGCCAAGCGAGAUGAAGAGGAGAGGGAGCGGGAGAGGCGAGAGAAGGAGAGAGAGCGAGAGAAGGAGAAAGAGAAAGAGAAGGAGAGGGAGCGGGAGAAGGAAAAGGAAAAGGAACGGGAGCGGGAACGGGAGCGGGAGAAGCAAAAACAGAAGGAGUCGGAGAAGGAGAGAGAGUCCAAGGAGAAGGACAAAGGGAAGCAUGAGGAUGGGAGGAAGAAAGAGGCUGAAAUUAUCAAGCAGCUGAAGGCUGAUCUCAAGAAGGCCCAGGAGAGCCAGAAGGAGAUGAAACUGCUGUUAGACAUGUACCGCUCAGCCCCUAAGGAGCAGAGAGAUAAAGUUCAGCUCAUGGCGGCAGAGAAGAAGGCCAAAGCUGAGUUGGAAGAGCUUCGGCAGCGGGUGAGGGAGCUGGAGGACAAGGAGAAAAAAGAGAGUAAAAAAAUGGCAGAUGAGGAUGCCUUACGCAAGAUCCGGGCAGUGGAGGAGCAAAUCGAAUAUCUGCAGAAGAAGCUAGCCAUGGCCAAGCAGGAGGAGGAGGCCCUGCUUUCUGAAAUGGAUGUCACAGGACAAGCCUUUGAGGAUAUGCAGGAGCAGAACAUUCGCCUGAUGCAGCAGCUGCGGGAGAAGGAUGAUGCCAACUUCAAACUUAUGUCAGAACGUAUCAAGUCGAACCAGAUCCACAAGCUGCUGAAGGAGGAAAAAGAGGAGUUGGCAGACCAGGUCCUGACCCUGAAGACACAGGUGGAUGCUCAGUUACAGGUUGUGCGGAAGCUGGAGGAGAAGGAACACCUGCUGCAGAGCAACAUUGGCACUGGAGAGAAAGAGCUGGGCCUCCGAACACAGGCCCUUGAAAUGAACAAACGCAAGGCAAUGGAUGCAGCCCAACUUGCAGAUGAUCUCAAAGCACAAUUAGAACUGGCCCAGAAGAAGCUACAUGACUUCCAAGAUGAGAUUGUGGAGAACAGUGUAACUAAAGAGAAGGACAUGUUUAACUUCAAACGGGCCCAGGAGGACAUUUCCAGGUUGCGUAGGAAGCUGGAGACCACAAAGAAACCUGAUAUGGUGCCCAACUGUGAUGAGAUUUUGAUGGAGGAGAUCAAGGAUUAUAAGGCACGCCUCACCUGCCCAUGCUGUAACAUGCGCAAGAAGGAUGCCGUCCUCACCAAGUGCUUUCACGUCUUCUGCUUUGAGUGUGUGAAAACACGCUAUGACACCCGACAGCGCAAGUGCCCCAAGUGCAAUGCUGCCUUUGGUGCCAAUGACUUCCAUCGGAUCUACAUUGGAUGAGUUGUGCCCUGGAGGGACAAGAGAGGUGUCUCUCCCACUGACCACCUAGCCUCUGUGUUUUCUGUCACCAGCAAGGCAGUUGCUCCUUCUCUUCUCCGGAACAAGUGACCCGAGGCUGGGGAGAGGAAAGAGGCAGGUUUGGGAUCUUGGCUCAUCUUCUCUUCUGAUCUGUUUUUUCCUUUCAUCUUGCUCUUAGUUCUUCUAUGGGACCUCCACUCCACAGUGGUCAUUCCCAUCCACCUUCUCCGCUUUGCUGAGCUGGAGUGGCUGCUGUGGAGUGUUAGACUAACUUAACCCUGGCCCCAGAGAUGAAGGGAACUACCCAUGACAGCAUAGGGAGAAGUCUGAGGCCUUGACUUAGCAAGUCAGUUUUGGCUAUUAAAUAUGCCCUAUCAAGGUCAUUUUUUUUUUCUAUUUAAAAUCUUUUAUUCUGCUCAUAGGAAAACCAUUGGAAUGUGGAAACUUGUUUACUUCUCCUCUGUCUGUGUACAUGUGCUGGUGGUUGUUUCUAUAGAGGCACUUGUGAAGCCUGAGCAAGCGCGUGCCAUUUCUAAUUGUUAUGGUAGCAUUGUUCAGCCAGAAUAGCCUAUAAAUUAGAGGCCCUGAUGCAGUCAGGAAUUUUAGCACAUCAGUAGUGUCAUCUCUGUAGGGCGACUCCUGCUUGAAGUGAGGCAUGUGGCUAAGCACCUUUCUGAAUCAGGACCAGAAUCUCCAAGGAGGCCAAGGCAGUGGAGAACAUGACUCCUCCCCACCCCAAAGGCAAACGCACACCUUGAUACCCAGAAGGAGAGAAAGAGAAGUGCAGGAGAAUCUUUGACAGUAUCAUUCCAUUUUGGCCUUGAUGAGCUGUGGACAACUUUCUGCCUCCUCUUAUGCUGGGGCUUCACUAGGAUUGUCCUUUUUUCCUAAAGACUAUUUGUAGUGGUUACUAUGAUGCAAAUUUGCCGCAAGGACUAAUCUUGUACUGCACAAACUCCAAUAAAAACUGUGGUCCAGUUU